GUAUCUUACGAACUUGGAAGGUAACAUCGAUGAAGUGAGAGUAGCUCCUGCUUAGAAUCUUCUACCGUGCUUGCCUCAUAGAGAAUUUACAGAAGUUAAUGGCAGUUGCGGGCGGAACGUCAAUAAACCAGGUAGGAGCAACCACCUGAGCAGGCAGCGCCUGCCCUCAGAGCGAGGCUGCAGGCUCAGCCGCUAUUAGCUUGGCUUCUCGUUGGGAAUCUGAUGCUCUCUCUUUCAACCACUUUCUCCUAAAAGUCUUCUCGAAAUCCCGCCCACGGUUCUAUUACAAAGUUGCCCAUAUUUCAACCAUCGCUCUGUCUCUAUCUACCAGUCUGUUCAUCAACCAACUGUGCAAACUCAAGAGCGCACAUGCACCAUGACGACUUCCGGACCUGGAUCACCAACGCUCAAAUCACCAUCUCGCGAACCCUCUCACAUUUGCUCGAGAUGCAGCCUAUUGACCUUCAAAGAAGAGUUCGUGGAACGUUCCCCAAAUCUGGCGUUGGACCUUGAUGAACUACUCGCAUCGCGACCAGGCCGGAUGGGGUGGUGCAGGGUUGGCCCAAACAUCAGUAAGGGUGAAUUCGAUGUGCUUGCCACGACGGCAUACUUCCUGUCUGAUACUCUACCGACUCUACCAACUCUUAGGGACUCUUCUUUCAAAUGUGACUUUUGCAAAAAGUUAAGGGAUGCGCUUCUGGUUCAGUACGCCCACUUGCUCCGAGGUGUCAGGGAAGGUCCGGAUUCAACAAAUGACCAAGAUCGCCAUGGUUUGGACCCUUCACUACUCAUAAUCCGAGCAUAUUACUCGUGGUUUCGAGGGAACUGUACUCGGCUUGCCGUUCAGCUGAGGGUUACCAUAUUCAAGCAGUUAGGGCACUCCGAGCUAGGGUUGUUCAGGGAACCUUUCUUUAUGACGUGGGUGGCAGAAGCAGCCAAAGACAACCAGCCUGUUGCCGCCUAUCUUCGCUUGCCAGAGCGAUUUGGAGACCCUCAGUCGCUGUCUCGGAUCAAGGACAUGCUCCCAAAGGAAGACAACCAUACACUCGUCGAUCCGAGAUUUCCAGCAAGACUGGUCUCAAGAGAGAGAGUCUUUGCAUCCUCGGACCAAGUGCCACAGUACGCGGCACUUAGUUAUUGCUGGGGUCCCCCAAAGAUUGCAAGCCAACAGCAUACACUGACGCAAGAUACUUUGGCAUACAGGCUUCAAAAGGUUGAGCUUGAGAAAUUGCCUCUUACGGUGAGAGAUGCAGUUCGUGUCACCAGGGCGCUUGCCUUGCCCUAUCUUUGGGUGGACGCGCUUUGUAUACUGCAGGAUGAUACAGCUGACUGGGAACAACAAUGUGGUGAUAUGCACAAAGUCUACGGGAAUGCACACAUAACAUUAUGUGCUGCAUCCUCAAAGAGCUGUGUUGAUGGGCUGAUGGAGUCCCAUCAGUACCAAGCCUCCAUACCCUUUCGGUCGACAAAUAAUGAGGUCGCUGGCUACUUCAGCCUACGGCUUGACAUAGCAGGGACGGAAAGUAUGAUCGAGAAACAUAUGAACCCCUUGCAUGGCUUCGGAGAUCUUCGUUGGUUUGGCCAUGUUUGGCCAAAUCGAGGUUGGGUAUUCCAAGAAAGAGUUUCGUCUCAGCGCAAACUUCUUUUUUGGAGGGAUCAUUUGCAGUUUGCUUGUCCCCCUUCGACCGAUGUGCCGCAGGGUUAUUGCACUAUAUCUGGGGACAGGCUGUCCCUAGAUGCCGUUGGAGGUCCAUUUAUGCAACAGCAACUCGCAAGGGAAGCGUCGUUCCACGUAGAGAGGCCGAAUGACCAAAGCAGUCGAGUUGAAUUACUUAACUUGUGGCUGUACCUGAUACAGAAGUAUGGGGAGAUGUCGACCGACUCCUUCACUAACCCGCUCGACGUUCUUCCCGCCAUUUCGGGUUUAGCAGCAGUGUAUCAUCGGUAUCUUGCAAAAAGCUCGUCGAGUCAAGCAUCAUCCAUCAGGUUGAACCCAGAGUACAUUGCUGGUUACUGGCAGCAAGACCUCACUCGAAGCCUGUUCUGGCAAAUUAGGAGCUGUUCCCAUGGUGUGACAAUCGACAGUGCUGCUAUGGCACACCCUCGGGCUCGGUUACAGAGCCUUCUCAAUAGACUACGCGGCUUGUCACAGCAGCAGCGUAUACCCUCGUGGAGCCAGCUGACGCGAGGGAAAACUUGGAAUAUCUUUUGCUCCAGCCCUCUAGACUACUGGAACCUUCAGCCAGCAGCGAGUAUACUGAACGCGAGAGCGAAACCUCUGGGGGAAAGCCCGUUUGGUCAUAUUCAACGGCAUCCGCAUCUGUUGCUCAGAACCCGGGUCGUAGAAGUGGCAGUUUUGGCGGCUUCGCUGACGAUAUGUUCUGUGAGGUUAGAUCGCAGCCUGCGCUCGAGUUUUCAGUUGCUAGUACGUGGGGACAGACAGGCGAUUUGUCUGGUUAAUGUCGAUUUUGCGUCUCCGAUUUUUGAUCCUGAGGUGGGAGACCGGUUAGGUGUCAUGCGGGAGUAUGAAGAGAGUGUUCUUGAGAUGCUGCUGCGGUCAUCGUGUUGUUUUGGGUUGCUGGGGUACUGUGAUGUUGGUGGUACCGAGGUUGACGGUCGUCGCCCUGUUAGUGAGGGCGAUGAACCUGUCUUGCAUAAGCCGACCGGUUUGGUGUUGCAUCCUGUGCCGGGCGGUGGUGGCUCCUCGGGUUUCUAUCGUGUGGGUGUGUUCACGCCAAAUUUUGUGGGAUCUAACGAGCUUUUGGCGGAGCUGUUUGAGACGGUGGCGGAGGAGAGGGAGAUUUUGGGCGCUUCAAAAUUAUGAAGAAAACACCUGUUUUGGAGCAGCCAG